GCCGCUCGCUCCGCUCAGUCACCCCGUAUCCUCGACGGCAGACCGCACGUCCCAAUGGCCUUCACCGACUCCGAAGAAAGGGAGUUAAUUAAGUUGGUUUCUGAGCACCCACUAUUAUACGACACAAAUGACGAGGGAUACCACAACCUCUAUGUUAAGGAAUCAACUUGGCAAACUGUAGCAAAGACAUUAAACAAACCCGUCGAAGAAUGUAAGAAAAAAUGGAAAUUCAUUAGAGACGGCUACACCCGGUACAAGAGGAGAUUUAAGGGCGACGCGGUCCCACCGAGGAACUCCAAAAGUAAACGUCACCAAUUGAUGUCUUUUUUGGACAACUAUCAAUCAGCGUCUACGGAACCAGAGGUGCAAAUUGACGAAGACAAUGACGACACGAGUCAAGAGACAUACAUAACAAACUAUGAGUUUAUUGACGAAAAUAAUUUUGACAACGAUGACAGUGACACACCAAUAAGAAACCACAAAAUCAAAAAAGAGGUGGAAGAAAGGGAAUCGCCGCCACCAUUCAAAAAACUGAAAAAUAAAUCUGAUUAUGACAGAAUAGAGAGAGACGAAAACGUUGAAAGGGUUGAUGUGAGAAAGAGAGAAGAUGACGUGGACUUAUUUUGCCGCCAUAUUGCAGAAGUUCUGAGGAACCUACCUCAGUUGUAUAAAGCUAAAGCCAAGAAACAAAUCAGUGCUAUAGUUUCAGAUUAUGAAAUCAAAGCGGCACAGUCUGGAUCAAAUACAUCUGAUACGGAAACACGAUGACUGAAAUUAAAUUUUAAAUUGUAAUAAAAACAUUCAAAAUAA